AUGGCACUGAGGCUGCCGGAGCUGGUCCGGGACUCGCGCCUCGAAACUAUCUUCAAUGCCGACAGUACCGUCCACAUCUAUCACGACCGGCCAGGGCGCCGGGCUACACCUAGGCGAGAGGCCUGGAAGAAGAAGCACAUCCUUGGGAGCGGCGGCAAUGGCGUGGUCUGGCUUGAGGAACAGCUUAUGGAAAAUCUCGGCGAGGCUUCUUCUGCCGCGUACAGAGCCGUAAAGCAAAUCACCUCGACCGAAUCAAAGUCAAUUUUAGACCUUUGCAAGUAUGAAUUAGAGGCGUUGGCCAAAUUCUCGACCAGGAAAUACGCUCGCUGUUUCGUCCGGUCAUUCGGGUGGUAUCAAGGCACCAACUCCCUGUCGAUUACUAUGGAAUACUGCCCGAACGGUGAUCUCCAGAAUUACUUGACCAAACAUUUCAGACUGCCAGAGUCUGACACCCAGGAGAUCGUCUCACAGGUGGUGGAAGGGUUGUGCUUUAUGCACGAGGAAGGAUUCGCACAUCGCGAUCUCAAGCCAGGGAACAUCCUUAUCAAGUCAUUUCCACCAACAGAUCACUGGUGGGUCAAAAUAUGCGACAUGGGCCUGAGCAAGCGUAUCGAAGGGGUGAUUGGGAGCUCAACCACAGUCAAAGGAACUCCAGGGUUCCUCGCCCCUGAACUGCUUGGAUUUGGCGACUCUGACCCAAAGAAGGCAGACCCAUACGCGGUUGAUAUAUGGUGCCUUGGUGAGAUGACCUAUCGAAUGCUCUGUGGGAAGGGUACAUUCGCGUCAUACGGCCAAGUGCGGGAGUAUCAACUUGCGACCAGGCCGUUUCCUGUGGAACAGCUGUACCAAAUUGAAGCAAGUAAAGCUUCCAUAUCAUUCACCACAAGCGCCAUGAAAGCUGAGCCACGGUCGAGAUUUGACGCACAUCAGGCAUUCAAUCAUGACUGGCUGAAGAUGAAGUUUGAUGAACCUCAACCGUCUGAUCAGCGCACAACAAGACCUCCUGCGCCAUUGCCUUCGUUCAAUAUUACCGACCAGCCUCGGUAUCGCGACGAAGAACCAUCAGGAAGCUGGAGCACUAUCGCCGAUCCUAUGAACAGAUCGACGAUCCCUCUCCGACCGUAUAGCGCGGAGCGUGCAGCUCAGGAAUCUGAACGGCCAUCUUAUAACAAAGGUUAUGCACCUCCAAGCCCACUCUCAAGAGAAGAACGUCUCGUUUAUGAGCGGACACUCAAGCCAUCGCCAACACCUGAUUACCAUCGGAUCCCCACAGCACGUGCACGGAGCUCAUCUGGAAGUAGCAUGAACCAGAACGAAAGGCGGCAUCACAGGCAGGACGAGCCAAGGAGGCGUAGUGGGACUUACGAGCCGAAGACGCCUAGUAGUGAUUCAAACGGGAUGCAGAAAGCUGCUACAGCGUCCAUUAUCGCGGGAGCAGCCGAAGCAUUCCGGGUGCAUAAAGAACCUGGGUCAUCGUCCGGAGACAAGAUGCGUCGCAUCCUCGCUGCAGCGGCAGCUGCAGCGACCAUUGAUGCCGCGACCUCCCAUGAUGAGAAUCGUCGCCGCAAUCGUGAUUACGAUCAUAGGCAAAAUGGCGAAAGCGACAGGAGAAGCUCUGACCCCGCCACCGCUGUCAUCGGAGGUCUAGCAACAAACCGCAUGGCUACUGGGCCUGCAAGCAACGAUGACGAUAACCUUACAGAGGCAAGGAGAGGAACAGUGGAACCAAUCACCUCGGCCGGAGUGCCGACGUCCCCAGCCAUGGAAAAGCUCGAUGCGGUAGAAAGCUAUUGGAACACCACUUUGUUAAAUCGAUGCCUUGCGUUCUCAGCGUCACCUCCCAGGAACAUGCGGGAGCGUCACAAGGAAUAUUUGAAGCUGAACGCGUGGGCGGAUAACGAAAUUUUCUUCAAGCUGGAUGAAAUUGUCUCUGAAGGUGACGAGAUGGAAGCACAGGUUAGAGCGAAAAGGAAAGUGUUACUUGUCCAGGUGCAGUCCGUGCUCGCCAGUCUCAACUCGCUAGUAGACCCAUACGAACAACAGGCUCAAUUGCGGAACCAUAUCAAUCGAAACGACCGUCUUUCCACAGACGGACCCCAAGAGCUCAGGAUGCCUGAUGCGUCUACACCAUCUUCCAACCGGCCAUACAGCGGACGCGAUGUAAGGCCUGAGGAAGAUAGCCGGCGUGACAAAGGAUCCCGUCCACGACCACACAGAGAAUACCCGUCAUCGACCGAACCAGGAUUUGAUGAACAGGGAGAUCCGCAUGGCAGAACGUUCAAAUUUUCGAAAAGUGGAGAUCAGGAGCAGCGGAUUCUCCGAUCCGAGAUACAUCUUCACAGUCUAAGCCCAAACCCCGUAGUGGGCGUGAUGGAGGAGCUCGUUCACCAAGAUCCGGCCAACUUCCCCCCUCCGCCAAGCCAGGAUCUUCUAGGCAGCGAGAUCCAAAACCUCAUGAAGGGGGUUUCAAGUCCCAAUAUGCAGAAGACAUAUUUGCUAAGUUCAUGA